AUGACGAUAUCCUCUAUUCAAACUGUUAUCGACAUGAACCAGCAAACCAUUGAUCACCUCGAAGCUCAGGACUACUACAGAGCAGUAGCAUCAGCUUCGUCUGCAUUGCAGCACCUUGGUAACAUCACAGCGACACAACAAGACAGGUUUCUCCAAGCAAGCACAUCUCCUGCAAGCUCAUUCGAUCAGUGUAUUCUUCUUACCAGAAUUGCGGAAAAUGAUGAUACACCGCACCAAGAUGACUCUCCUCCAUUUAUUUAUAGCGAUGCUAUUCCAUUGGCUCCCACUGUGACCAAUUACGCAAUUGUCGCACCAGUGCUCAUGUUCAACGCAGCACUGGCUCAUCAUUUGAUCGCGAAACAAGACAAGGAAAGGUCAAUCCAAUACCUUUACAGAGCAAAGCAAUUGUACACCUUGGCGUACAAUUCACAAGACAUCCAGCAGAAUCCCUUGUUUCAAUUUGUGCUGUACAACAAUACAGCAUUGAUUGAUCUGCAAAUUGGGAACACCGAAUCAUGGAAUGCAAGUAUUUUUUAUUUGCUAUCUAUCUACAUGAUCCUGGUGGAUCAAGGAAGGUCUUCACAUUUGCGCCACAUUCGAGGUUUUCUCCGAAACCUGCCAGUUGCCACGCCCACAGCGCCUGCAGCGUGA